ACAACGGCCGACCGAGAGCACGGCCUGCGGUUCUUCGCUACCACGACUAUCUAUUGUCCGACGUGCUCAACUUUAAGGGCGAGCACGUGCUGCUCUUCCAUCCAUUUUGGCGUGAAGUGGAUAUCCUAGACAACGCCAAAUUUGUUGAAAUUCACGACAACUGCGUGGUGGACAUCCUGGCUGUCAAAGCUCGCUUCAGCAGUGCGCACAUUGAUCUUGCAGAAAUGGAAGAGCUAUGUAACAGUAUAAUCGACGAUUAAGUUGAUCAACGAGAGGCUUCCGACAGACAGGCAGAGGCUGAGCGCAGAAUGACCGACCGACUCAUGGACGCAAAUGACGACUCCUACAUCCUCGGUGAAGGAACGGCUGUGCAGCAGGCUCAGGCCGAGAGUGCUCAAGCGGCUGCCGCGAGAUGUCCGGCCGUGCAGAUGCGCACCGACGUCAUGCCAACCAACGUCUACUUGCAGCUAAUGAGGAUGAUGAAUUCGGCCCAAUUCGAGAUCCAGAGAGAAGUCGUUCGUCGCCUGACCACGCCUGACUCCAAGCCUCUGCAAGUCUUCUUUACCGGAGCAGCUGGUUGUGGCAAGUCGUUCCUGCUGCGCACCAUAAUGGACGCUUACAACCGCUACUGCAGAAGUGCAAACCAAGAUGUGACCGGACACUUUCGGGACCUGUGCGACCACCGGCAAAGCAGCCGUUGCAAUCGGGGCCGCAGCUCAAACGAUGCGAAUUCCUUCCGCUGCAUCUUCAAAGAUGUGAAGUGUACCAUCAUCGACGAGAUCAGUAUGCUGUCGGCGGACACGCUCGUGUUGAUUGAUCGGCAACUUCACACCAUCUCUCUGAAGUGCACCAAACCCUUCGGUGGAUUCGAUGUCAUUCUGUGCGGCGACCUGAGGCAGCUUCCGCCUAUCAGGGCAGCUGAGGUGUACAGGCAACCUAAAUUGCACCAAAAUGUCUUCGAUACGGAAUGUACACCGUGGCAUAACCUCUCCUACUUCCAGCUCAAGGAUGUCCUCCGCCAGAGCGACAAGCGGCUUUCCAGCAUGCUGGAUAAGAUCGGAGAUGGGAGGGGGCUCGCUCCGGACGAAGUCUCUCUCUUGGAAAGCCGCUUUGUCACCACCGAAGAAGCCGCGCAGAAGUGCCCGUCCGGAGUGCGCCUCUUCUUCACGAACAAAGAAGCUGACGCAUUUAACAUCGCGAUCGCCGAAGCCUGUACCGAAUACGCGAUCCAUUGCUCGGCUGUAGACACCAUUUUUGGGUACAGGUCCGACGAGGAGUAUGCACACGCCAAAGCCAGAGUCGCAAACAUGUCCAAAGUUCACAUGGCCAACUUGCCCCUCAAGGUCCAGCUGUGCGUGUGUAAGCCCUACAUGUACAUACGUAACAUCGACGUGUCCGACAGUCUCAUCAGUGGCAGUGUGGGGAUCCUCUGA